AUGCUGGACGAAAGGGAAAGGAACUUACAGAGGUAUGCCUUGCAUUUGGAAAAGAAGGAUCUCGUUUUUAAAGGGAAGAAAAAAAAAAACGAUCUGAAGAACAUUUUAUAUUUCCCAUCCUUGUAUUGGUUCAAUGGGCAAUUUUGUCCCCCAAUUCCUUACUUCAGUUUUGAGCGCCAUGAGGGGGGGAAAGAAGAAGUGGGAAAUCCCCACCUGGAGGAUGAAAAAAAAAAAAGAGCAUUUAGAGUAAAUAUGGUUGAUUUGCUAACCUGUGGGGUUCACAAAAACAGUGUCAUCGUGAAGAGAGUAGUAAAAAAUGAGGUCCUGAACGUAAGUAUGUUUAGCAACAUGAAGGUUGUGUCCUGCGUUUUUUAUGUAAACAUUGAAUAUUUGAUGGGUUUGGAUGCCUUCUUUGGCACGAAGACGAAUCCGUUUUUUUUUUGUUUAUCUUUGGCUACUUUGGGGACGGAGGAUCAAGGAACAGGGGAGACUCAGCCAGAGAACAAGAGGAGGGCCCAUGAAGCAGCAAAAGGGGGGAAGAGGUCAGAUGGAGGGGCAAAAAUAGAGUCGUUAUCCCCCCUAAACCUGCACCCCCCCUUACUGAGCUGCGACAUACGAAACGCCUUAGACAUGGCCCCUCGACAACUCUUCCUCUACAACGAAAAGAAAGAAAUACACCUCUUCGACUAUGUAACAAACAAAUCUCUCUUAAUCACACGGGAAAAAAUACAAGUGACAGCACUGCAGUUUAGCUUUUUGCACAUAAGCGAAUACAACAAUCUUUACAAUAAGAUGGAGACAGACAUGUACGAGGGGGGCAUAAGGAUUGUGGAUCUGGAUAAAGUGGGGAAACAACUUUGGAGCAAGAACAGAUACUGCUUCGAGGUUUUGGAGGAGUGGCUCAGCGGGGAAAAGGGAAGAAAAAAUCAGCCAAAUGAAGAGGAAGCCCCCUGCGGGGAAUGCGGGGUUCACAAAAUCCUGGGGCGUAUGUUCUACGUACUGAUAUAUGGAGACAGCGAAGGAAACGUAUAUUUCCUAAUCCCGGAGAAGGAAGUAAAAAUGAUAAAAAAUUUUAGAAGGGGGAAAAAAAUACAACUCAUCGAGACCAAUGUAAAGGCCUACUUCAACACGGGAGGUGAGAGCCGCAUAGCCACUGUGUUGAGAAGCAAUGUAAAUGUCUUUUUAGCCUAUAGGGAUUGCAUCUUGGUUUUCAAUUUCCCGUUGUAUGAGCCCCUUUUUGUUGUGAACGUGGCGGAUGAGGUGAUCUUCUGCCUCAGUGCCUGUCUUAAUGAGCACGGGGAGGUAUACUUUGCCUUCUCCACGCAAAGGUGCGUUAGAAUUGGGGAGGUCUCGCGAGGGGGAGACGUGUUCCGCGUAGAGGUAGACACCACCCAAGUGGAUAACACCAAAGAAUAUCCCCCCCAAGGGAGCAUAACCCAAGUUCAACACAGCGCGAACCGCCCACAUAUUUCGAAGCAACAGAAGAGCCACAUCUGCGUUUGUUUCGGAAGGGAGAACGAUCUCUACAUAACAAGCGGUGACAAGGGAACCAUUCACAGAUAUAAUUUGAAGAAGAAACAGAUGACCCAUAAAUAUGAUCCGCGAUGUAAGAGAAUCUUUCAUUUAUCCAUGUGCACCGUCAAUGGAGAAGACUACGCAUACAUCUACGAUGCGGAGAAGUUUCUCUGCCUGUUCCAACUAACCAAGCAGAAAAACGUAUACAAAGUGUUUACCCUGUCUGUGUGGGUUUACCAGAUUCUUUGCCUUCGAACAAACAUUAUUUUUUCCCUUGGAAAUGAAAAUGUCUACAGUUUGGAGGUUAAAAAGGAAGGGAACAACAACGUAACUGUCAACAACGUAACUGUCAACAACGGAACUGUCAACAACGGAAUUGUCAACAACAGCACCGUCAGCCAACGCAACGGUAACCUGUUCCUAACGAAACCAUUCUACUCCGAUCGGAUGAGCGUCUGCACCUAUAUGACAAAUCAUCCAUAUCUACCAUUCGUAGCUUUUCUAAACAAGAAACUGCAGUUUGGUUUUUUCUCCCUAGUAGACUCUCAGAGGAAAAGUGUUAUUGUGCCGCCCAUACGAGAAAAUGGAAAUGUCUUUUCUCUCUGUUGGUUUAGUACAAGGAAGCAAUUGGAUAUUUUGAAUUUUCAGGGGGGUGGUGAAGACCUCACAGUUGGCGAUCCUCUCACGCUUAAUCAGUUCAAAGAUGAAUGGACAGGGGGAAUAAUUCAAAAUAGAGGAUACAAAAAUAAAAAAAAGGAUGACAAUAUCUGGAUCAAUGCACACAUGGCACAUUUAAUGCAGAACAGUUCUUACGAUACAUACCUGGUUGUACUGAAUGCAGACACUCUGUUCCUUUACAACAUUCUAACGAGCCAAGUGAUAGACUUAAAGGAUUAUUUGAAAAAGGCAAUGCCUCAAUUUGAUGGAAAAAAUAAUUUUCUAAAAUCCACAAUUUAUGGAAAAGUAUGCUACGUUUUUAUUUUUUCAGAAAAAAAUAAGCUUUUUAUCUUUGAUCAAAAUUUCACCUUUUGUUUGCGAACCAUAAGUGUAGAUGAUCGCAUUGUUCGCUUCUAUCUACGCGAUGGAUACCUCUUCAUUCAUUCCAACACGUCUAUAUAUUUUACAUCCCUGAGAAACGCCCUUUCUCUCUUUCCUGACGUCGUCCAAGGGGGGGAUGCGCAUGCAGAAAAUUUACUAUUCAUUAAGGUGAAUACGGCAGAAACGUUUAAGAUUGUUCUUUUCGAUUUUCUCUGCGUGGGAGAAGAAAUGUACCUGGCUGUUUUUACCAAGCGGAAGGAGAUUCUUGUGUAUAGGAUGCGCAUGGGGGUAGACGAUAACAAAGAGGACGACACAGUAAAGGGCACAGAGAACGGAAGGAGUGCGGAAGCCCAGCUGGUAGGCCAGUUUCUAAGCUUUUACAAAUUUGAACACUUAAACAAAGUUGGGAGCAUCCUGAGCAUGAAGUUUUUUUACUGCUGUACCAAGAGGCGGACGUACUUAAUUUUCGGCGGGCUGGAACAGUUUCUCUUCUUCUGGGACUUUGCGAAGUAUCCCCUCGUGCGACGUUGA